CAUUAUAAGCUAAAUCAUAUUCGGUCGUAAAAAGUAUAUUUCAAAAGAAGAAUGUGAAACAAAGAUAUUCUCACUAGAAAUAAAUACAAAAAAAAACAGUAUAAUGGAAGCAUUGCUCAGCCCCAUUUCGAUAGCUGACGACUGGAACAAAAACUUAACCUUGGAUGAUUUAAUCAGUCCUAAGAAAAAGUUGCCUGUACCAAAUCAUUUACUUGAUACAAAGAUCUUCAGCAAACUGAAGCAAAAUGCUCUUGUCAAAGUCGAUCCGAGCGUUGUUCAUUUCGAAGGAUAUGAUUUACAUAAGACUCAACGUCGCUCGAUAAAAAUAUGCAACUCUUCAUCAGAGAGGCAAAAUUUACAUAUUAUUAGCCCCUCGACAAAAUAUUUUACUGUAAAAUACACCAAACCAAGGCGAUUUGUACCUGGAUUUACAAUCGAUGUUGUGAUACAAUUUACUCCUGAUGAAUGGAGAUAUUACUAUGAUUGUAUCAGACUACAUUGUGAAGGAGAGGAGAAUAUUGUUAUUCCUUUACAUGCUUACCCGGUUAUGGACUUGUCUGGUUUUCCCAAAAAGUUAAUUUUUGAUACAGCAAAUUCAAAGCUAGGUGAAACGAGAAGAAAACUUUUGCCAUUGCGAUCACCAUGCCCGGUAGAUUUUGAAUAUCAAAUAACAGUGUUACAAGCUCACCCGACUCUUUCUGUACAUCCAAUGUCAGGAACUGUACCAGGUGAGGGAAAUGCUUCAAUUUCAGUGCUGUAUACGCCCACCGAGUAUGUAACAUCGCACAUGACAAUUCAAUUAAAUAUAUCGCAGUUCAAUUCGAAACCUGUCACAUGCUUUGUGACUGCAAGUUGUACGCCAAAGACGAAUAAACCAAGAAAAUCAAUAAAAGAUUUGGAUGAAGUUUAUAGGAAAACAAAAAUUUUCGAUCCCCAUUCUUUAUCACUGGUACAGCUUUCAAGAAGAAGAAAAACUGCUAAAUAUUCUCAUAUUCCACAACCUACUGAAAUAGAGUAUGAAGGAUUGCAUUUUCCUGUCAAACUCAAUACUCAACAUGCAGUAAACAGUGUCUUGAUGCAAAAGGCUGGGAAACUGAGGGCAAAAGAUGUUCGUGAAGUUGCUACAUCAAAGCUUGCAUUAAAAAGCACUUCAGAAUCCAGUCUUGGCCUUGCACAAUCCUCAUCGCGGCAGAUGAAAGAAGCGACUUUUAAGCAAGAUUUACGAAAAGAUGAGAUAGAAGAAAGAGCCAAUCACCUAAGAUGGCAAGUUCAUCUUGGUCACAAAGCAUUAGAUGAGGAAACCAGACUGGAAAUUUUACGAGAAAGAGAAAAUGCACAAAGUGAUUACAAGUACAAAAGAAGAUGUGAGCCUGAUGAAGACAAUGAAGUAUUGCGAACGUCGACUUUCAAAGCUUUCAGACGAACAUUUAGACAAGCAGUAACAAUCCCCGAAAGCAAUCCUAGUUUUGAUUUAUAUAAAAAUAAUCCUUGGCUCAACAGACAUAGAGCACUAGAAAGGUUUCAACAAGCUGCUCGUACUAUUUUAAUAAGAAAACGAGCGGACAAAAAAGUAAAAAUGUUAAGACAGAUGAUUGAAAAUUUUAAAAGUGGGAACAUUGAUGCACAGAAAUCUGUGGAAAAUGCAGAAGGUUUCCAGCUUGAUGUCAGAAAUCCCUCUACACCUGGAACACCUGCUCAUAAUUCAACCCCAGAGCCUGUGUUUAUACUUACUGCAAACAAAGUCAAACCUUUUACAUUUCCGCUAUAUGUUCCAGAAGAUACAAAGGACGACAUUGCGACGGAUACACUUGGGGAAACAGAAACGAGUGGAACGCCAAUCGAAGUAAUAAAAGGAACUCCAUUCCACAACUUGAAAGUCCCAAAGCAGUAUGACCUAUGUGGAUAUAAAUUUUCUGAUGUUAACGAUGCAUCAAGAAGCUACGUCUCACCUGUCUUAGCUCGUCCUUUACGAAGUGGUGCAGAAGAUGAAGUAAUUGAAUUGUCUGUUCCACCACACUUGCUUAAAAGUGACAAAACAAAAACUGACGAUGAUGGAAUUUCAUCUUCAUCCAUUAGUGAUGUAUCUUCUUCACAAAAUUUGGAAAAUGAAUCACUAACACAAAAAGAUAUUAAAAUGAAGGACAGACCUACUUCAUCAUCAUCUGGACUGACUAUGCCAUCUGGAUUAUUGAGCAACCCUCCAUACCACCCAUUACACAUAUUCAAUCCAUUUCCUGGUAUGCAGAGAACCUAUUUACCAUUUUCACACAGCGAAGUCGAUCCUGAAUACCACUUAUGCCCCAUGCCAAAAUAUACAAUGUUACCAGGAGCACAGUCUUAUCUUGACAAAGAUGACACAAUCAAAGGUAUCAUGGCUUGGAAAUCUCUACCACCUCAAGCUCUUGUCUCUCUUUCACAAAGCGGCACUCAACAUGACGUUAGUCUGCCUCGAUGGUCUGAUCCAUUUAGUGAAGCAAUGGUCCCGGUAGUAACUCCUACUUUAUUACCUUCUUCCUUACAGCCACAAGACUUAGACGCUGGGGAAGAUAUUGCCUUCGAUUCCUCUGACCCCAUAGAACUCACCCCUGACAUGAUUAGAGCAGAAUUUACAGUAGAUGAAAAUGCAGUUAAUGCUUCUGCUGCUGAAGAAGACGAUUUUGAACAGAAAAAUACUGAACUAACUUCACCAAAAUCAAAUUAUGACCAGCUGGGAUUGAAAAUUCGAAACACAUUGAAAAAAUUGGAAAAUAUGGACAAAAAAAUGCCCAAGAUUACGUACUGCUAACACUUUUCGGCAUUAGUGUUUUUUAUUACUUUUGAAAAUUUUUGUAACAUUUACUUGCAUUUUCUUCUGUGUUACAUUUAAAUCGAUCAAAUUCGAGCAGUUAUACAAGCAUUACAAAUAAAGAUGCUUGAAUGAUUGAAACUUCCAGAAUAUAUAUUUUAUUUAUAAUG